GAUCAAUUUUCUUCGAUUUCUAUUAUUUUUUUCUAACUAAUAGAUAUUAAAAAUGGAACUUCGUAUUGAGAAGAAAAAAGACUACGAAUUUUUUAUUAAAAGUCUAGUGGCUGGCGGUGUAGCGGGUAUUUGUUCAAAAACAACAGUUGCACCAUUGGAUAGAAUUAAAAUAUUAUUGCAAGCACACAACAAACAUUAUAAACAUUUAGGUGUUUUCUCUGGUUUAAGAGAAAUUGUUAAACGGGAAACAGUUUUUGCUUUAUAUAAAGGUAACUGGGCUCAAAUGAUCAGAAUUUUUCCAUAUGCAGCAAUUCAAUUUACUUCUUUUGAAUUCUAUUCUAAGUAUUUAAGAUCAUUGUUUCAAAAGCGUAGACAUAUAGAGAAAUUUUUUGCUGGAUCUGCAGCUGGAGUCACAGCAGCAACGUUAACAUAUCCGCUUGAUACAAUUAGAGCACGUCUUGCUUUCCAAGUUACAGGAGAACAUGUUUAUACUGGCAUUAUUCAUACUGGUGCUUCAAUUUUUAAGGAUGAAGGCGGUUUUAGAGCUUUAUAUAGAGGGUUUUUACCAACUAUUGUCGGAAUGAUUCCAUACGCAGGUUUUUCAUUUUAUACAUUUGAAAAAUUAAAGUAUUUAUGCAUGAAGUAUAUACCAAAUUAUACUUGUUCUAAAUGUGAUAGAAAUACUGGCGGCCUUGUUUUAACAUUACCCUCAAAAGUUAUUUGUGGAGGACUUGCAGGAGCAGUAGCACAGAGUUUUUCUUAUCCUUUAGAUGUUACAAGGAGACGUAUGCAAUUAGCUAUGAUGAAUCCAGCUACGCAUAAAUACAGUUCUAGUAUGCUAUCAACUAUGAAACUCACGUAUAGUGAAAGUGGUAUUAUGAAAGGAUUAUACCGUGGGAUGAGUAUAAAUUAUAUUCGUGGUGUACCUAUGGUUGCAGUCAGUUUUACUACAUAUGAAAUCAUGAAGCAAUUGCUUAAUUUAGAUACAGGAACAAAAUUAUAAUUUUGUUUACUAUUGUUAUAAUGCUAUUUUAUAAUGACAAUGAUUUCAAUCAAUGCAAUCUAUUGAAUAGGCUUACUACUGCAGGAGAAUAUUUUCAUAAUUAUGAUUACGCAAAAUAGCUACAAUGGCAGAAAAUUUAAUUAAUUUUUUAAUUUUUGGAAAAUUGAGAGAGUGGAUA